GCUUUGUUGGAUAGUGGUAGUCAAAGUACCUUCAUUUCGGAAAAAUGUAUAUCCCGGUUGGGAUUGAAGGUUCAAAAGUCGGGUUCUGUGGAUGUACGGGGGGUAGGGGGAAACCUGUUAUCCGGGUAUAAAGGCUGUGUUAUAGUCAGGAUUACCCCACGUCACGUUGAUAACCCAGUGUUGGUGACAACCGCUUUGGUAUUGAAUAAGGUAGCGGAUGAUCUGCCUAGUUGGUCACUACCCAGUCAGUUGGUGGAUUGCUAUCCGGGGCUGCAGUUGGCUGAUGAUCAAUUUUAUAAAAGCGCCAAAAUUGACAUGCUCAUUGGGGCGGAUCUCCUGGGGGACAUUUUUCUGGGUGGAGAGAUUAUCCGACCUGAGGGGUUGCCAUGGGCCAUGAAUACCAUAUUUGGUUAUAUUUUACAGGGGGCAUGUCAAGUUACUAGGGAAUCUAAAUCCUCGGUACAAGUUUAUUUUGCUAACACGGAUGCUAUAUUGGAGAAAUUUUGGGAGGUGGAGGAGGUGCCUGUCAAGAUGAAGGAUCCAAAGGAAGAGCCAUGUGAAGUUCACUUUGAACAGACCCACCAGCGGGAUGCAACAGGACGAUACGCACUGCGGCUACCGUUUCUAGCGGAUCAUCCUGAGUUGGGGGACUCUCAAAACCAAGCACGUAGACGGUUUCACGCUUUGGAGAAGCGGCUCCAGGCGAAUCCGGGGUUAAGCAGCAAAUACGUGGACUUCAUGCGGGAGUACCAGCAGUUGGGGCACAUGGUUCCUUUCAGUGGAGAUCUUGAAGCAUCUCAUUAUGUAAUUCCUCAUCAUGGGAUAUUUAAAGCGGGAUCGGAGAAAAUUCGAGUGGUGUUUGACGCCAGCUGUCCUACAUCAACGGGGGUUUCUCUGAACGAUUGCCUUCAUGCUGGUCCUAAAUUACAGCAUGACGUUAUGCAGGUUAUCUGUCGGUUUCGGCUCCACAAAAUUGCGUUUUCUACGGACAUCCGGAUGAUGUACCGUAUGAUUGAGAUUCAACGGGAAGAUCAAAGGUAUCAGUUAAUAUUUUGGCGGGAAUCACCGAAGCUACCUUUGCAAUUGUUUGCCUUAACAACGGUUACUUAUGGUAUGAAAUGUAGUCCGUAUCUAGCUAUAAGGACUCUACGCCAGCUCGCGGAGGAUGAGUCACGUGCGCCUAAAGGCGAGUCUGACCAAGGCGAGAUGGAUGCUUCCGGAUUAGCAGAGGCAGCUCGGGUGCUUCAAACAUCCGUGUAUAUGGAUGAUAUUCUAAGUGGAGCUCCUACUUUAGCCGAAGCUCAACGGUUAAAGAAGGACAUAAUUCACCUGCUGUCCUUGGGCGGAUUUGAACUGCGCAAAUGGAUGUCAAACGACGAACACCUCUUGGAGGAUAUUCCCUCAGAUCAUCGAGAGAAGCCCCACUUAUUUGACACGGACGGUCCUGGUUAUGUGAAAAUCCUAGGAAUUCAAUGGAAUCCGGUUGCGGAUAUCUUUACUUACCACACGAAUCUGGAUCCAGACGCGGUUUGGACAAAAAGAGCCAUUUUGUCCGUCCUCGCUCGUAUGUUUGACCCCAUGGGUUGGAUAACCCCUGUGAUUUUACAAGGGAAACUGUUGUUACAGCAGAUUUGGCUGCUGAAGUUAACCUGGGAUGAAUGUCCACCGCCAGAAAUUAUCAAGGAAUGGACUCACAUAUUUAAUAACCUCCCCGCCAUAGAAAACCUUAGGAUAAAUCGGUUUGUAUUAGCUGACGAGGUCGUUCAUUGCUCGUUACAUGGAUUCUCGGACGCCUCGGAAAAGGCUUUUGGCGCCGCAGUUUAUAUUCGUACUGUGACUACGAGUGGUCAGGUUCGAAUCUUUUUAAUGAUGGCUAAAUCUAAGGUCGCUCCGAUAAAGAGUAAACUAACCAUACCUAAGUUGGAACUAUCGGCGGCAGGGUUAGCAGUCAAAUUGCUAACAUACGUCUUAGAUUCUAUUAACGAUAAAGUUGUCGUGCAUGACAUUUUUGGUUGGUCGGAUAGCACGAUAGCUCUUUCAUGGUUGAAAUAUCCACCUCAUCGGCUUCAAACGUUUGAAGGAAACCGAGUGACCCAAAUCAACAAUAGUGGUUUGGAUAUUAAAUGGAGAUACGUGCCCUCGGAGGGGAACCCGGCAGAUGUUGCCAGCCGAGGCUGUAAGGGGCACGAACUUCGGUCUCAUGACCUGUGGUGGGGUCCACCGUGGCUGUUGUCGGACGAAGGUGAUUGGCCGGUUAAUCUGGUGGAUCCGGUUGACACAUUGCCCGGUUUGCGGAGGGGCGGUAACGUCACUGUGUCGGCGGUUGCCGUAUCGGAUACAUCUCUCAUGGCCAAGUACAGCUCUUUGUCCACGUUAAUAGCGGUGACCGCGUAUUGCAUUCGGUUUGCGUCGAACUGUAAAAACCCGACUAGCCGAAUCACGGGUCCCUUAACAGUGAUAGAACGUAAACAAGCUUUAGAACGGCUUGUUCGGUUAGUCCAGGCAGACGCCUUUUCCAAGGAUAUUGAAGCAAUUUCUAACAAACGAAUGUGUUCCACGGGCUUAAGAAGAUUGAACCCUUUUAUUGAUGAGUCAGGACUACUUCGGGUGGGAGGUCGACUUGAACGAUCUAGUUUACCUUUCGAGGCUAAACAUCCGGUGAUUUUGCCCAAGUCUCAUGUCCUAACAUCCUUGAUAAUUGUGCAUCAUCAUGAGCGAUGUUGCCAUGUGGGAGCAACUGCCCUUCAGGCAAUCCUACAAAAACAAUUUUGGGUCAUUUCCGCUCGGCAGGCUAUUCGAAGCCAGUUGUUUAAGUGUGUAAAGUGUUUUAGGACUAAAGCCAAGCCAGACGAGCCUUUUAUGUCUGACUUACCAGCUGACCGGAUAAAUGCCACUGGAUUGUUUCAUACGGUGCAAACGGAUUUUGCGGGUCCGUUCGCAAUUAAAUCUUCUCGUUUACGAAAAGCCAAGGUCUUAAAAGAGUAUUUGUGCGUAUUUGUCUGCUCUGCUACAAAGGCCGUACAUUUGGAAGUGGUUGGAGAUUUAUCGACGGAAGGAUUUUUAGCGGCUUUCUCCCGGUUUUCGGCGAGGCGCGGUUUACCUUUUCGGAUAAGAUCAGACGGUGGGGGAAAUUACGUUGGAAGCAGCCGUCAUUUGGAUGAGGUACAGCGGUUCUUGCGGGCUCAGGAAGUGCAAGAUAAUUUGACCCAUCAAGCUGGCCAAUUGGGAGUCAUUUGGCAGUUCAAUCCUCCCGCGUCUUCGCAUUUUGGCGGGCUUUUCGAAAGCGCUGUUAAGUCGGCUAAGACCUUACUAAAAAGGGUUGUGGGAGAUCAAACCUUAACGCAUGAGGAAUUUGUAACUUUGGUGGUCAGAAUUGAGGCUGUGCUGAACUCCAGGCCUUUAUGCCCUUUAUCUCAAGAUCCGGAUCAGUUAGAAGCUUUGACUCCGGCUCAUUUUAUUAUCGGCAGGUCGCUUUUGGCAGUUCCCGAGUAUGAUUGGCAUCAUAUUCCGGACUCUCGGUUAAACCGCUAUCAGUUGGUUACGGCAAUGUCCCAGCGGUUUUGGCUUAAGUGGAGUGAGCAGUAUCUCCACACCCUUCAAAUGCGAAACAAGUGGACCGCCACUACUGACCCUCCUACCGUUGGAGAGUUAGUCUUAAUUAAGGAGGAGAAUUUGCCGCCACUUAAAUGGAGGCUUGCUAGAAUUAACGAGCUGCUACCUGGGAGAGAUGGGGUAGUUAGGGUGGUAAAAUUAUUAACGUCCACUGGUUCUUUGGUCCGACCUGUUGUCAAACUGUGUCGGCUUCCUUUAAAUUAGUUCAAUGUUUAAGGGAUAAAGGCUUUUAGCCUUUCUCGGGGGGAGAAUGUUUAGUUUUUGUUACCAAGUUAUCAGGUUCUUUUAUUUUUAUUGUUAAUAUAUCACUUAUCUUUUAUAUAUAAUCCAUUUCCUGCCCCCCAUUCAAACUUUCCCGUCAAAUAGACGCGCGUGAAAUGAAACGCAACAGGACGAUAGGCAAGAUGGCGAUUUCUGCUAGAACGCGUACGUGCGCUGCUCGAAAAAGUUAAAGUUUUGGACUAACAUGUGACCGAAAUACCCGAAUCAAACAAUCAAGCUGGCCAGCAUGUGUUUUGUGAGUGUAGUGAGUUGUGACUGCAAAUACAGAAGAAAAAGUCUGAACCCCUAGUGCAUCCAUGCAAGAUCAGCGCUGGAGAUCAAACGCGCGUGAAAUGAAACGCAACAGGACGAUAGGCAAGAUGGCGAUUUCUGCUAGAACGCGUACGUGCGCUGCUCGAAAAAGUUAAAGUUUUGGACUAACAUGUGACCGAAAUACCCGAAUCAAACAAUCAAGCUGGCCAGCAUGUGUUUUGUGAGUGUAGUGAGUUGUGACUGCAAAUACAGAAGAAAAAGUCUGAACCCCUAGUGCAUCCAUGCAAGAUCAGCGCUGGAGAUCAAGUAGGUGUUCCUUGUUUUAUCAUUUGAAUAUCCCUAGUGCC